AUGUCUCAGCCACAACAGUCCCAGCCCGAAGUGCCACACCACGAAAAUAUCGUGGAGAGACUAUUUGAGCAUCACGGACAUCACCACAAGGACGACAAAGCGGAGGGGACUCAGGCUGAUUCACAACCCAAAGCUCCGCCAAAGAAAAGUGAAAAGGAUAAGUAUAUGGAUUGGUAUCACGAGGAAGAGGAAGAGGAAGCGGAAGGAGAAACAUAUGGAGGUCUCAUGUAA